AUGGGGCCGCAACAAUGGUUUCGCAAGCGCAAUCCCGACAGCCAGACGGCUCCCAUGUAUAGGUCGUCGAAUAACCAGCUCCCUAUGUUGCACCUCGCCGACACGACGCGGAACAAUUUCAUCGCUGCCGUAGGGGAAUUUGUGGGAACCUUUCUGUUCCUCUUCUUCUCCUUCGCCGGGACGCAGGUGUCUAAUACCCCCAAGCCAGCGCCCGGGUCUCCUCCAAACACCUCAAACCUGCUAUACUCGUCGCUAUGCUUUGGGUUCUCGUUGAUGGUCAAUGUGUGGGCAUUCUAUCGAGUGACUGGAGGUUUAUUUAACCCCGCGGUCACUCUGGCCCUGUGUCUGGUUGGCGGAUUAUCUCCCAUCCGUGGGGUUAUUCUUUUCGGAGUUCAGCUCAUCGCAGGCAUUGCCUCUGCCGGUGUCGUGGGUGCUUUGUUCCCAGGCGACUUGAAUGUCGGCACUCGCUUGGGCGGUGGUGCCUCAAUAUCACAGGGAUUGUUCAUCGAAGUUUUCUUGACGGCUCAGUUAGUGUUUAUUAUCAUCAUGCUGGCUGUUGUGAAACAUAAAUCCACCUUCCUGGCGCCUGUAGGCAUUGGCCUGGUAUUCUUCGUGACUGAGAUGGGGACUACUAUACUGGCGGCUCACUCAACCCGGCGCGAUCACUCGGUCCUGACGUCAUCAACCGCAGUUUCCCCGGGUACCACUGGAUCUACUGGGUCGGUCCGUUGCUGGGAAGUCUCCUCGCAUGUGGCUUCUUCACCUUCCUCAAGAUGUUCCAGUACCACCGUCAACCCCGGUCAGGACUACAAUGAAUGGGAAGCCAAGAUGGGCUCGGGAGGUCCCGGAUCGUGGGACAUGUCGAUGCACCGUCCCUCAUAUAACUCCGAAGCCACUACGGUCGAGCAGCCGCAAUCCCCAUCAGCCGGCAGGAGGAACCACACCCCGACCAACUCUCAGCCGCAGAAUAACCCUAAUAUUCCUAAUAUCCCUCACGGGGCAGAGCAGGUGUAG